UCAGACGACUAUGAGAGAAAAGAAUAUUUGGUCAAUAAAAAAGCAAAACGAGACUUUUUUCAGACCCCCGUUUCAUUCGGGUUACCUGUAACCUCAAGCAUUGGACAGGUUAACCAGAUUUAUUCGUGGCGCAGAACAG